AUGAAGGAAGUGGGGCAUAUUGUAGCUUUAACAGGACCGAAUUAUACGAAUACGAUGGGUACAACAAGGACUAGUCUGGCUUUGCCGAUUGUCCUCUUUGGGGCUGUGAAAGGAGAAAGAGAAUAUGCUAAAGCCGUUAAACGAGAUAUUGCGGGUCACAACUGGGCCUCUCGUGUUAUACCGUGUGUGCGUGAGCUGUCACGUAAAAUUAGAGGAAAAUACUUGAGGGGAUCCCUUCUUCUGCAGAAAAAUAACUCCUUCAACAAGUAA